AUUAACAUAUUACUUACAAUCACCGUAAACGCUCUACUAUCCUCUAUUUUAGUACUAAUUGCAUUCUGACUACCCCAACUAAACACAUAUGCAGAAAAAUCAAGCCCAUACGAGUGUGGAUUUGACCCCAUAGGGUCAGCCCGACUCCCUUUCUCUAUAAAAUUCUUCCUCGUAGCAAUCACAUUUUUACUAUUCGACCUAGAAAUCGCCCUGCUACUACCACUCCCAUGAGCAUCUCAAACAAAUGACGUAAAAACGGUCCUCACAAUAGCCCUGAUUCUUAUCUCACUUCUAGCGCUAAGCCUAGCAUAUGAAUGGACUCAAAAAGGCCUAGAAUGAACAGAAU